AAUUUCACCCUCGCCGAUUCUGGGUCGAUUCCACUCCCAACCGCCGUCGUUCUACUGAUUCAACCACCGGCAUCGCCUUCGAUUCCGCUCCCAAAAGCCGCCUAAGCCGUCAUUCUAGUAAUUCAACCACCACCACCAGCAUCGCGUUCGAUUUCGCCUUCGAUUCCACUCCCAUCGCGCUCAACUACUUAUAUUUAUUUGGGGAAUUUGUUCUAAGUUGCUUGCUGCAAAUGCAUAUACAGGUGAUCCCUUCGUCGCGGACGCUGAGACAUCGCAAGCAGCCGUUCGAAUUUUCAGUUGAGAAUAAAGAGGUGAUAAAGAGGAGGUUCUACAGGUAUGAACAUGGUGAUUAUGAUGCUCCCUCUGAAUCUUCUUCAUCUGACUCUGAAGUGGAGGUAGAGGCCACUGAUGAAACAGAAUAUGAAGAAGAAGAGGAGGAGGAGGAGGAGGGAGAUGAGGAGAAUGAAAAUGCUGUUGUAAGGCGAAAAGGAGAAACUUCUUCUUCUGGUUACGAGAGCGAGGAUAGUUCAGCAAAUGAAGUCAAUCUUGAUUCAUCAGGUAUGGCCUCAAGUGAUGAUGAUGUUGGAGCUCAAAAUGGUGCUGGAGCUUUUGCUACUGAUGAAGUCGACAAUGUGUUUGGCAAAGCACCACAUGGUCCCGAAAAAGAUGAGAGCCCCUUCGAUGUGAAAGAUUGUGUCGUAAAAUGCAAAUCAGUUUUCAAGUGCAGGCUCUGCCCUAGGAUUGUCUGCUUGUCCGAGGAGACACUAAAGGCUCAUCUAAGCUCCAAGCGACAUGCCCAGUCUGAGAAAUUGUAUAAAGAAGGGAGGCUUAAGGUUAUGCUCAACAGUGAGGGACGGAUCGAGGUUGAGAUUCAUCAUGAUAAUGAUGAUACAAAUACAGUUUCUAUGAAGAGUCCAACUAAAUCGAAGAAAAAGGGCAAAGGGCAAUGGAAACAGAGGAAGAGAUCAAAAUAGGAUACAAGGUCGGGUAAAGCGAGGCAAUCAGAGAAACGAGCGAAGAGGCAGAAGAACGAAUGAUGGUGAUGACGACGACGGCUCUUCUGCCUUCCGAUUUUUGUUUUAGGUAAAUUUUGUGCAAGACAAAAAACUAAAAUACAAUCAGACAAUCUUUGCUUUUCUCUGAUUAUGUUUUCAAUUUUGCCCGAAUCCUAAAUGAGUUAAGCCUUAUGAUACACAAAAUUUGAAAUCAUAGCAUGUUCUUAGAUUAAGGAGGCCUUCCGACUUGUUAGGGCUAGAGGGGGUCAGGGUGACCAUCGUGAUGAUGCACCCGCUCAUCUAGAUCUAAAUGAUGAUUCAGGUAUUUAGGAAGAAGUUUAAAUAUGAACAUUAUUAUUUACUUCAUUAAGGUCUUAAGUGUUUUUGUUAUAUUGUAGGCUCCGCCACUUUUUUUUUUCCUGAAACUUAUAAAUGUGUGUGAUAUAUUGUAGGCACACCAUCACGAGUACAUAAUUCAAUUCCCAUAGAUGCAGAAACUUCUAGUUCCGCUCCACCUUAAGCUUCAUCCACCACUAGAGCGCAGUGUUCUACCAUCAAUCAAAGUGACAGCAGGUAUGGAAUUAUUUGAAUUAAAUGGUUCUUUUUGUUUGAUUGAAAAGUAUUGUUGUAAUUUUAAUAUAAUUAUCUUUGCAUUAAUAUUUCAGCUUUUUGUGGACACCUAAGGUAACUAGUAAAUUUUGUAAA